GGACACGGGCACGGGCGUGGGCCCCGACACCGAGUCGGGCACGGGCUCAGAGGGAAGUGGGCGGACGGACAGACGUGCCCGCGGCUCCAGCUGCUGGGCCCAGUGCAGUGGCAGCCCCUCCAUGGAGGUAACACCCCCCCUGCUGCCCCCGCAGGGGCCCCCAGUGAAGCAGGAAGCCCGCGCUGGGGAGGCCUUGGCCCCGGACUCCCCGUGGUGCCGCUUUCGCCACUUCCACCUGGGGGAUGCUCCAGGCCCUCGAGAAGCCCUGGGCCUGCUGCGGGCCCUGUGCCGGGACUGGCUGCGCCCCGAAAUCCACACCAAGGAACAGAUGCUGGAGCUGCUGGUGCUGGAGCAGUUUCUGAGCGCCCUGCCGGCCGAGAUCCAGGCCUGGGUUCGGGGCCGCAGGCCCGAGACCGGCGAGGAGGCGGUCAGCUUGCUGGAGGAGCUGUGGGGGCCAGUGACGUCCCAGGAUCGGCCCCAGGAGCUCAGGGGACAGCAAGAGGUGACAGGUGCUGCUGGAGUCCCCACCGGGAAGGAAGAUGGCGGGAUGAUGUCGCUAGCAGGAGGCGAGCCACCCUCAGGGGGCGUGAGUGUGAAUGCUGCCCCAGUCCCCGGAGCCUCCUCGGAGCUGCCCCGCCCCUACAAGCAGGAGCCUGGCAGCCCCCCGCCCCUGCCAUCGCUGCCCUCCUGCCUGCCCUGCUUCCUGGGCCCAGCAGCAGCCGUGGUGGCUGCACCCGCUUCCUGCCUCGAGUGUGGCAAGGCCUUCCUGAAGCCCGCCCACCUGCUGAGACACCGGCAGAGCCACUCAGGCGAGAAGCCCCACGCGUGCCCAGAGUGCGGGAAGGCCUUCCGCCGCAAGGAGCACCUGCGACGGCACCGGGGCACCCACCCGGGCCCGCCCCCAGGGACCGGACCCACAGCCCCCCUGGGCUUGUGUGCGGCUCCCCGCCCAGCCCGAGAGAAGCCCCACGCCUGCCGCGACUGCGGCAAGACCUUCUACUGGCGGGAGCACCUGGUGAGGCACCACAAGACGCACUCCGGGGCGCGGCCCUACGCCUGCUGGCAGUGCGGCAAGGGCUUCGGGCGGCGGGAGCACGUGCUGCGCCACCAGCGCACCCAUGGGAGACCCCCGGCCCCUCCCGGCCCCAGCACGGCAGGGGGCAGGCCCUUUGCUCCGUGGCCCGUGGGAUAGAGCGCCGGCUGCCCACCUGGCCAUGGGCCAUCACAGGCCGCUCCCUUCUCCUCCUCCCACCACCCCAGCGUCCCCCGAAUCAGGCCACUCUCAG